UGUGGUAGACUGUCUCAAAACCUAGUGAGCUGUCUACCUAGACAUGAUAGACGUGUGCUGCACACAUGGCAUGCGUAGAAACAGUCGCGCAGUGCUUUUUUUGGAAAGCGUUUACCACAUUCAGCUGUAACCUGUGAUGACUAAAAUGCUUCCUUUGUUUGUAUUGUCCACGAUGUCUGCUGUCUAGUAAGUAUGCGCCUUAGAUUUAGAGACACAACCCUAGCUGACCAAAACGACAAUGUUGACGCUAGUCUUUUGACGCUUUGAACGCAUUUCUUCACGACCCACGCGAUUUCUCAUGUUACUGGUUAUGAGGGCUGUUGUGAUAGUAACAGUUUUUCUUCACUGUGUGGGACAGAAGUAUAUACUAGGCCAGGAACCCCUGUGUCAGCCCCAGCCUUCAUGCUCUGAAUGCAUAAGAAGACCUGGAUGUGCGUGGUGCACAAAGGCGAACUUCUUGAAACCAGGAGAGGCCAAUGAACGUCGCUGUGAUUCCCCUGACUCUCUAAAGGACCGGAAGUGUAACACUGAGCAUGUGAUCAAUCCCAAAAAUUAUUUUAUCCUUAAAAAGGACACUGACCUCAGCAAUGACCCUGAAAAUGUGGUUCAGCUCAAACCUCAGAAUAUCAACAUUAAACUCAGAGUUGGUGUCCCACAUGUGUUCCCGAUUGAGUUUAAAAGAGCUCAGGGUUAUCCUAUAGACCUGUAUUACCUGAUGGAUCUGAGCUAUUCAAUGAAAGAUGAUCUAGAACAAAUUAAAACCUUGGGUCAGAAGAUCCUCAAGAUACUGAAAGACAAAACAGAAACCGUACGGAUCGGGUUUGGCUCAUUUGUGGAUAAGGAAAUGUUGCCGUAUGUCAGUAUGGUAAAGAGUAAGAUUGCUAACCCCUGCCCCAAUCGCAUACAUAAGUGCCAAAAAGCUUUUAGUUUUCAGAACUUCCUGCCAUUGACCAGCAAUGCCAAAGAGUUUGAACGGGAGGUUAGCCAUCAGAAAAUCUCUGGCAACCUGGACUCCCCUGAAGCGGGCUUGGAUGCUAUAAUGCAAGCUGUGGUCUGUAAGGAUAAGAUCAAGUGGGGGAAUGUGACACAAAUUCUGGUUUACACUUCCGAUGACACUUUUCACAUGGCAGGGGAUGGACGACUGGCUGGUGUAUUUCAGCCACAUGACGGAAAGUGUCACCUUAAUGAAAAUGGUUCCUAUGAUGGAAGGUCUUAUGAUUACCCAUCAGUGGGUCAUCUGUCAAGAGUUCUGCAGGAUAACAAUAUUCAGCUAAUAUUUGCUGUAACGGAGGACAUCUAUCCAGCAUAUAAGGCGCUGAGUUCAAUGAUUCCUCAGUCCGUGGUUGGUGUAUUAAAAAAUGACUCCAGCAAUGUUGUUGGUCUCAUCUCUGAAGCCUAUGGAAACUUGUCAUCCACUCUGGUGUUGGAGGAAGAAGGAGCGCCAAAAGAGCUGAGUGUGCGCUACAGGUCUAACUGUAUUGGGAGUCAGGAAGUUACUGAAUGGAUGGAGAGAGGAGUAUGUCAAGGCAUCAAGCAUGAAAAUGUUAUGUUCCAAGUGCGACUGGAAGUGUCCGAGUGCCUAAAGGAGCCAAAGACAUUUCGAAUCAAACUCCAAGGGAUCAGCGAGGAGGUGAAGGUCACGGUGGAAACUGUCUGUCACUGUGAUUGUGGUCUUCCGGAAAAGUUUUCUGAACACUGCAAUGGUACAGGAAAUCUCACGUGUGGCGUGUGCAGAUGUGCCGAAGGUUUUUUGGGUCAGCACUGUGAGUGUGAGCAGCAGAAGAAUAUGCACUCCACGCUCAGCAUGCUGGCAUCCUGUCGCCCUGACAACAGCUCACUUAUAUGCAGUGGGCACGGCAGCUGCGAGUGUGGCAAGUGUGUAUGCCGCAGUGGCUAUAAUGGAGAGUUUUGCAGCUGUGAAGACGGAAAUUGUGAACGUUUUCAAGGCAAGGGAUGUAAUGAUAAAGGACAAUGUAUGUGCGGUGUGUGUGAAUGUAAAGAAAACUAUACAGGCCCUGCAUGUGGGUGCUCUCCUGACCAAGACAAUUGUAAGCAUGAGAAUGGGUUAUGCAAUGGCCAAGGCACUUGCGUUUGCAAUGGUUGUAAAUGUAACAGUGGUUUCACGGGAGAUCAUUGCUCUGUAUUCAUCAAUCGCUGCACACUAUUCAAGGACUGUGUAACAUGUCACGUGGGUGGUGGUAACACCAGUAGGUGUGCUGAGACAUGUUUGAAUGGUGAAAUAUCUCACCUGGAUGGUACUCAUGAGCUGGAGUGCACCUAUGGGGACACAAUUUCCUACGAAGUGAAACUUGGCCCCGGUGGCAAAAUUAUUCUUCAUUAUGCGGACCUCCCUAGUCACAUUGAUAAGACCACAAUAAUAAUUGGGAGCAGUGUGACGAGCAUCAUUAUUAUUGGCAUUGUAAUAAUCAUUAUAUACCGUGCCCUGCUGGAGCUGUACGACAUUAGAGAAUAUCAAAACUUUGUCAAAUCACAGAAACAGACUGAAUGGAAAGAGGACAUGAAUCCUCUUUUCAAAGGUGCCACAACAACAGUCUUCAACCCUUUGCAUUUGGAGGAUGAGUGACAUCAAGUCACAUAAACUUUUGAGAAAAUGAUUUCAUUUGAACCAGAGGAUCUCUGGGAGUUCAUUCUUGUCAUUUCUUGCUUUUAAUGUUCAUAAUGCAUAGCUUUUAAUGUUCAUUUGUAUCUUACAAUGUGCAUAUUCCAUAAUGAAAAGAAGUAAAUGUCUAUUAAAAUAACAAUAACAUAGAACAUUUUAUAUUAAUUAUAAGCCUAUGAAG